AUGUCGAGAGGCAUCAUUUUUAUUUGGUUGGAAUUAAAAAUUAUUUUCCCGCUCACCACAUUCGCCAAUCUUUAUUUCUUUUUCUUUCUUUCUUACUUUUUUCUUUCUUUCUUUCUUUUUUUCUUUCUUUCUUUUUUGUUUCUUUCUUUUUUCCUUCCUUUCUUUCAUCUUUCUUUCUUUCUUUUAUCUUUCUUUUUUCUUUCUUUCUUUCUUUUAUCUCUCCUUCUUUCUUUUAUCUUUCUUUCUUUAUUCCUUGAUUAUCUUUCAUUCCUUUUUUCCUUCUUUCCUUGCUGUCUUUCUCUUUCUUUCUUUCAUACUUGGUUGCCUUUUCUUUCGUGUUUGUUUGUUUCUUUCUUUCUUUAUUACAUUCUUUUUUGCUUGCUGGCUUUCUUUGUCUCCGACUUUCUUUCUUUUUUCUUUUUUUCUUUCUUUAUUUCUGUCUUUCUUUCGUUCGUUCGUUCGUUCGUUCGUUCUGUCUUUCUUUCUUUCUUUCUUUCUUUCGUUCUUUCUUUCUUUCUUCUUUCUUUCUUUAUUACAUUCUUUGUUGCUUGCUGGCUUUCUUUGUCUCCAACUUUCUUUCUUUCUUUCUUUCUUUCUUUCUUUCGUUCGUUCGUUUGUUCGUUCGUUCUGUCUUUCUUUCUUUCUUUCUUUCGUUCUUCCUUUCUUUCGUUCCUUCUUUCUUUCUUUCUUUCUUUCUUUCGUUCUUUCGUUCGUUCGUUCUUUCUUUCUUUCUUUAUUACAUUCUUUGUUGCUUGCUGGCUUUCUUUGUCUCCAACUUUCUUUCUUUCUUUUUUCUUUCUUUCUUUCUUUCUUUCGUUCGUUCGUUCGUUCGUUCGUUCUGUCUUUCUUUCUUUCUUUCUUUCUUUCUUUGGUUCUUUCUUUCUUUCUUCUUUCUUUCUUUAUUACAUUCUUUGUUGCUUGCUGGCUUUCUUUGUCUCCGACUUUCUUUCUUUCUUUUUUCUUUCUUUCUUUCUUUCUUUCUUUCGUCCGUUCGUUCGUUCGUUCAUUCUUUCUUUCUUUCGUUCGUUCGUUCGUUCAUUCUUUCUUUCUUUAUUACAUUCUUUCUUGCUUGCUGGCUUUCUUUAUCUCCGACUUUCUUUCUUUAAUUUUCUUUGCUGCUUUCUUUCUUUAUUACCUUCUUUCUCUUUCUUUCUUUCUUUUUUCUAUAUUACAUUUUUCCUAUCAUGUUUUCUUUUUCUCUUUUUCUUUAUUGCUUUCUUUCUUUCCCAUGCCUACUCCAAUCCUUCUGAGCAGCGUUUCUUGUAG